AUGCCACCUAAGAAAUCUAAAGCUAAAGACAGUGUCAAGGAUGCCGUUUCCGAAUUGAGCAAAAGUAAAGUCAAGAAGCCCACUAGUGCUGGUUCGAGACCAGGCUCAAGCAAAUCACCUACUAUACUUACGGAAGACGUGAUUUCAACAACAGAUAUUGGAACGCUUAUCGAUUUGGUCAAUGAAAAUGUACAUACCAAUGCCGAUAUAAUUCACAACAAGUAUAAGGAUUUGGCCGAGGAGCAGAUGUCACAAGAUCACCUACUAAUUCAAGAACUACGAGAAGAGAAUGAGAGGUUGACACAGCGAUUGUCGGAGUCCUCCAGCAAUGCUGAAUUCACAUCGCCGAUUAGGAAGAAAAAGAUCAAGCAAGACGAUUUCGAAAAGGAGAGGGAGCAUAUAUGUUUCACACUAGACCUUUUGGAGUUACUCACGGGGAUCAAAGUUACCAACUUCGAAGAGUCGCCAACGCGGUAUACUUUUGAUAUCAAACAGACGUCUUCCAAUAAGGAGUUGUUUAUUGAGUACCUGCUUAUAUUGUCCAAAGUCGACUCGUCGCAGAUCAACUAUGUACCGACGUUUUUGGAAGACGAUGGCACAAGAGACUCGGCAUAUAAAGCAAACCAAAAGAACUUGGUAAAGGUUCUACCGGAUUAUCUAUGUGAAUAUUUAUCGUUCCCUUUCAACACGCUAGCGCAGUUUUAUGGAAAAGUCAACAAAGCUUUAAAUAGAAAAUAG